AUGAUGAGCAAAUGGGUGUUAUCUGGGAAGUGCCCGAAGUACCAUGUGGCUCGGGGUGGUUUUAUAGGGUACCGAAAUGCUGGAGCAUACGAAGGGACGAAUGAUAGGCGCGCAAGCGUAAGCAAUGCUCCGGGCGUCAGUGAAUGGAUCCACCCCAGGAUCAUGGUCACUAAGCGCAAACGAGCGGGCCAUGAUGCAUCGCUGGGAAUGACCAAAGUAAAUAACAAUGCGGCCCUCUGGAAGAGGAAAGGGGAUGAUGAAAGUUACACUGCAGAAGAAGGGAAGGAAUGGAAUGCAGAAACUGAUCGGGGAAUCCAGAUAUUGGGGAUACAGGUGGUGCUGAACAGAAGUUAUUCAUCCCCCGGUGGAUCCUCUGCCGAUCCUCUGCAUGCCCGUGAAUCAUACACUGCGUUCUAG